UUAUUAGCUUACUGCACGCACUGAGUCAUCGGUAGGGCAAUCAACAGCAACCGUUGUGGUUUUCUUGGCUCCUAAAAUGCUACAAUACCUCGCUCUUUUCCUCCUUCUUUUUGUCGGUGCUCAGGCGGUGGUUGAUCUGGACGAGUAUGUGAACUCGGCCUUCUUGGAUGGCGCCGAGAAAGUCAAGUUGUACUGGAAUGUGAAUCACGACGAGAGCAGUGUGAAGUUUGCUCUUCGAGUUCAGGCCACAGGGUGGGUAGGCUUCGGUAUCUCUGCCGGGACCGGCAACAUGGUUGGCUCGGAUGUAGUGAUGGGAUGUGUGAAGGAUGGCAAGGGAUACUUGCAGGACCGCUAUGCUGAUAGCAAAUCCCUUCCAUCGCUGGAUAGCAGCCAAGACUGGCAUUUGCUGGAGUCGAGCGAAGAGAACGGCUUCACGACCCUGUCUUUUCACAGGAAAUUCUACACGUGUGACACCAAGGACAAUAAGAUUGAGGAUGGCUCUGUACGGGUAGUCUACUCCUAUCACGACACCAAAGAUCCCGACAUAUCGGACGACAGCACCUUCCUGUACCACUCGGCGCGUGGGUCUCGUACCUUGAUCCUCCUCAAUGUGCACAAGAAGAAACCUCAGCUGCCAGCCCAACUCAGCCAUUUCGACUUGCGACACAACCUCACAAUCCCUUCCAGGCUAACGUCGUAUAUGUGUAAGCCUUUUGAGUUCCCACAGCCGGCCAGCAAACACCACAUCGUCAAGUAUAUGCCUCUCAUAAACUCCAAAAAUCUUGGGCGUGUCCACCACAUGUUGGUGUACGGCUGCCAUAGCUCCUUCCCACGCUCCAAUCUGUCACAUGUUGGGGAAUGUACCGAUAAAAAUAUGCCCCCUGCUAUACAGAGGUGUUCCGGGGCAGCACCCAUAGCAGCAUGGGCUAUAGGAGGAGAGGAUUUCUAUUACCCCGAGCACGUUGGGCUGGCAUUUGGUGAUGGUCACGGCCCGCGCUACGUAGUUCUAGAAAUCCACUACGACAACCCACAGAACGAUUCAGGUGUCUACGACGACUCGGGCAUCCGCUUCUUCUUCACGAACAAGACUCGACAGUUCGACGCCGGGAUCCUGUGGACCGGGUGGGCCCCGAUGUCUGCGAUGGUGAUACCCCCACGUCAGGAGGAGUGGACGUCCAUUGGUUACUGCCCCUCCAACUGCACAAGACUGGGAUUUGAAAAGAGCUCCCUCCCCGACAAGGGGAUCAAAAUUUUUGCAGGCAUGGAGCACACGCAUUUGCAAGGGAUUAAGGUUUGGACUAGGCAUGUACGCGAUGGGAAAGAGCUGCCAGAGAUAAUAAGAGAGGAACACUACGACUUUAACUACCAGGAAUUCCAAGUUCUUCGAAAUGAGGUUCAUGUCAAACCGGGAGAUGAUAUCAUUCAAAUGUGCAAAUACCAGACAAAGAACAAGAACUACCCAGUUGUGGGUGGCCUCGGUACAACUGAAGAGAUGUGCAUGUCGUUUCUGCUCUACUACCCGCAAGUGGACCUUGCCAAAUGCUUCACGGUCAACAACGUGCUCAGCGCGUUUGCGGCUAAAGUCAGCCCGUGGGGAAAUGCUUCUGGGAUCACGUGGGGCGAAGACCAAGUGCAAGUGUAUCGAGACCUACUGGGCCAAUCAGAAACAAUUUAUUCAGAUUGUCAAUUCAGCGACACAUCUAAACUUAGGCUUGGAAUGAUACCGAAGCCGAAAGUGACCAACCCACUAAAGCCAAGUCCUUCGCCAUGCGACGUCAGCUCCACCACUGGAAGCCCGAAUAUCUCUGGUCUUCUGAUUCUUGCUUUCUAUGCGUUUUCUCUCUUGUUGUAGCGAAAUUCACUGGUCUCAACAUGUUUUGUUGCUGUUGCAAAAUACAUUUCAAUACAUUUCUUUUACGUCAUUACAUUUACCCUCUUUUAUUCAUGAAUGAUUUAUUAGUUUGAUGAUUUAUUGAAUGGUAUAAAAAGGUGCAAUUAGUUUUUUGAUUACAUGGAAAUCUGUUUAGAAAAUAAUCUUGUAGAUUCAAGUUUUCAACCACGGAGGUUAGCUCCUUAUCUAGUCAGACUUUUGAUACACUGUAAACGAGAUCGUGUGAUUAUGAAUAAAAUUUCCGCAUUUUGCGA